ACACCCCCGCUCCCGCUCGAAACUCUACCAUACCGCAAUGUCUGCUCCGGCUUCUCGCGCCCUGAGGCGCUGCGUCUGCACCGCCCGCGCAAAUGGAUACACACGACCGGCGAUGGGGGCGGCACAGCAGAGGAUACAGCGGAGAUGGGCGUCGGAUGCUCCUGCGAACCCCAAGAUCGCGACGAUCGUGGACCAGAUUAGCCAAUUGACGUUGUUGGAGACUGCCGAUUUGGUUUCGUCGCUGAAGACCCGCCUGAAUAUCCCCGAUAUGCCCAUGGGAGGCUUCUCAGCCGGCCCUGCGAGUGCCGCCCCCGCUGCGCCCGUCGAAGAGGAAGAGGCCGCCCCCGCCGCCGCCGAGAAGACCCUCUUCAACCUGAAGCUUGAGAAGUUCGAUGCGGGCGCGAAGCCAAAGGUCAUCAAGGAGAUCAAGGCCAUGCUGGGGCUGAGUUUGGUGGACAGCAAGAAGUUUGUGGAGAGCGCGCCGAAGAUGAUGAAGGAGGGUGUGCCCAAGGAGGAGGCGGAGAAGAUUGUCGAGACGUUGAAGGCACUGGGGGCGACGGUUGCCAUGGAGUAGAGACACUUUAUUGAAUGAUACUGUAUCAUAGCAUAUUGCGUGGCGUGGCGUGUACAGAUAUGUAUAGCAUCGGUCAAAGUCCAGAAAUUAUGAAUGUAUGUAUGCAAUGCAGCGCAAAACAUCAGGC